CCCCAGACGCGGCGCCGGCCAGGAAGAAGCCGUGUGGCCCGAGGUCGCGGUGGCCUUAGUGGUGGUGGGCUCCGGGGGGCCUCGCCUCAUCCUGCCCCGUCUGCGAUGCACCCGCGGCGCCCGGACGGAUUCGAUGGCUUGGGCUAUCGAGGCGGUGCCCGAGAUGAGCAGGGCUUUGGCGGCGCUUUCCCUGCAAGGUCCUUCAGCUCCGGGUCGGACUUGAGCCACUGGGUGACCACUCCCCCAGACAUCCCCGGUAGCCGCAACCUGCACUGGGGUGAGAAGAGCCCGCCCUACGGCGUACCCGCCCCCUCCACCCCACUCGAGGGCCCCGCGGAGGAACCGUUUCCCGGCGGCAGCAGCGACGGCGGCGGCGUGCCGGGGCAGAGCAGCGAGCAGUUAAAUAGAUUUGCUGGAUUUGGUAUUGGCCUUGCAAGUCUCUUUACAGAAAAUGUACUGGCCCAUCCUUGCAUUGUUCUGCGCCGCCAAUGUCAGGUUAAUUAUCAUGCUCGGCAUUACCAUCUCACUCCAUUUACAGUCAUCAAUAUUAUGUACAGCUUCAACAAAACUCAGGGACCAAGGGCCCUUUGGAAAGGAAUGGGCAGCACGUUUAUUGUCCAGGGAGUCACUCUUGGAGCAGAGGGAAUAAUCAGUGAAUUCACACCUUUACCAAGAGAGAUUUCUCAUAAAUGGAAUCCUAAACAAAUAGGAGAACACCUUCUGCUGAAAUCGCUCACUUACAUGGUGGCAAUGCCUUUUUACUCAGCAAGUCUAAUUGAAACAGUACAGAGUGAGAUAAUUCGAGAUAACACUGGAAUUUUGGAGUGUGUUAAAGAAGGAAUUGGAAGAGUAAUGGGCCUAGGAGUGCCUCAUAGCAAACGACUGCUUCCGCUGCUUUCCUUGAUCUUCCCCACCGUGCUGCAUGGGGUUCUGCAUUACAUCAUCAGCUCAGCCAUUCAGAAGUUUGUCCUGCUAAUUCUAAAGAGAAAGACAUAUAGUAGCCAUCUAGCUGAGAGCACUAGUCCAGUGCAGAGUAUGUUGGAUGCUUAUUUUCCAGAACUUAUUGCUAACUUUGCUGCCAGUCUUUGCUCUGAUGUUAUACUUUACCCGUUGGAAACCGUUUUGCACCGCCUUCACAUUCAAGGAACACGCACAAUCAUUGACAAUACAGACCUUGGCUAUGAAGUGCUUCCAAUUAAUACACAGUAUGAGGGUAUGAGAGACUGUAUCAAUACUAUAAGGCAGGAGGAAGGAAUGCUUGGUUUUUAUAAAGGGUUUGGUGCUGUUAUAAUACAGUACACACUGCAUGCAGCUGUUUUACAGAUUACCAAAAUUAUUUACUCCACCCUUCUUCAAAAUAGCGUGUGAGACCUCAGUUCCUGGUCAGUCUAAAAGACAUAAUCUGGAUACUUUGUUAUGAAAUUAUGAGGGAUAAAAGUGAAAUACUGGGGGUAAAUGGAUUAGAAAGUGAAACCGGUAGAAAAAGCCCAUGCUGAUUAUAUUGACCUUUCAUUUUUUAAAAAGGCAUAUAUUUUGGAUGAAAAAUAUUCCAGAUUUGAAAACUCAAUGAAAGUUAACACUCACAAAUUGACUUCUAGCUAGCGUAGCACUCAUGCUAAACUGAAAAGAUCCUGGGCAGAAGCAAAAGUUUGUCAGCAAACAUAAAACAAAAUUUCAGAGAGCUAAAUUUAUUCCAGCUGACAUCAGUAUUUAUUAGAAAUUUGUUUCACCUUCUAGAUUGAUAUUGGUAUGUCAUUCUUAAUCCAGUGUAUAGUAUCAGGAUAGUUCACCUUUAAACAAAUAAACUGUGUCAUCUGUGACAAAGAUGAGAAGGACUAGGUUUGGCACUGUGUAAGCAGGACUUUUUUAAAUUGCAUUGUCCCUGUACAGCUUCUUAAUGGCUGAAUACUUAUUAUAUAAAGUCAUUUAUGUACACACAUAUAACUUGGAAUUUCCUUCAUCUCUACAAAUUUUCCCCUCUUAGAUCAGCUUAUUUCAUAUAAUGAAUACUUCCUGCUUGGAUACCAGAAUAAAACAUCAAAAAACAAGGUACCCAAAAGAUGUAAGGCAAACAAUAUCCUCGUCCAUAUACAAACCCAGCGUUUUAAUGCCAGCAACUGAAAAUCCGUCAUAUGUUUAUAAAGUUUGACUUGCUUACCUAGAUAGGUGAAUCAUCAGUCUGGUUUUAGACCACUCCUAAAAUAGAAUAGAAAAUAAUCAUGACAACUAUUAUUGUUUGCACAUUUGCGAAUUGUAUACUGAAAGGAAUGUCACUUGCCUUAUAUUUGUGAAUGAUUUGUCUAGAGGAGAAACCAUUAAAAUUCACAUGGGAA